AUUACCUGACCAGGUUUCUUGGUUUCUGAACUCAUUUAUCUCUUUAGUGCCUCGGAGUGGGAAUUUUUACUUCCCUAAUUUUCAGACAUGGCUUCAAGGCUUCUCGCCAAUUUGAUUGUGAUGGGCUCUGGAAUAAUGGCAAGGGCUCUAGUUCAAGCAUAUCGUCAGGCACUGGCAAAUGCAUCAAGAAAUGGUGUUGCUCAUGAAGCAGUACAAAACAUCAGAAGAGCCAGCAAAACAAUGGCUGAACCAGAGGCAAGGCAGAUUCUAGGUGUCACUGAGCAUUCUUCAUGGGAGGACAUCUUACAGAAGUAUGAUAACUUGUUUGAGCAGAAUGCCAAAAAUGGGAGUUUUUACCUUCAAUCAAAGGUUCAUAGAGCCAAAGAAUGUUUAGAAGCCGUUCACCGGAGCAACACUCAGGGAACAGAAAAUCAAUAAUCCGGUGGAGUUAUCCCUUCUUAGUUUAUGGAAAAUUUCCUUGUCAAUUAAGGGUUGUCUAAAUCCUUUUUUGAUAUUCAUGAUUCAUUAUAUGCACCACCCUGGUGUUCCUGUGUAAGGUCACUAAUCUGUAUUCGAAUAGUUAAAUAUAGUUUUUACUUUUAUUCCCAUUAAUGAAAUCAUAA